CGUACUCAGCACCUUCUCUUUGACGUUGGAAAAAAAAACAAAGAAAGCAAAACGCCACCAAGCUUUUGAUUUCCAACUUUCCUUGAACAAUCCUUUUGGGGUUCCUUUGAUUUCACUUCCCCUAUAAAAUGGGUUGGUUUUUGUUAUCUGAAAUAUAAAGCCAAAACCUUUGUUUUGCCCUGUUUCAAAGCUUUCUUUGAUCUUAGAUAGUUGAGUAGAGUCUUUGAUUAUUGCUGAGAACAAGGAUGGACGGUGGUGAUUACAGUGUUGCUGGUGGUGUGGAGGAUGUGUACGGUGAGGAUGCUGCCUCCAUCGAUCAGCUUGUCACUCCUUGGACUGUCUCUGUUGCUAGUGGGUAUUCGUUGAUGCGUGACCCUCGCCACAACAAAGGGCUAGCCUUCACUGAGAAAGAGAGAGAUGCCCAUUACCUGCGUGGCCUUCUUCCCCCUGUUGUUCUCACUCAAGAGCUUCAAGAGAAGAAGCUCAUGCAUAACCUUCGCCAAUACCAAGUUCCUUUGCAACGUUACAUGGCCCUCAUGGACCUUCAGGAGAGAAACGAACGCCUUUUCUACAAGCUUCUCGUCGAUAACGUGGAGGAACUGCUCCCGGUUGUAUACACCCCAACUGUUGGUGAAGCUUGCCAAAAAUAUGGGAGCAUUUUCAGGCGCCCUCAGGGUCUUUACAUCAGCUUGAAAGAGAAGGGGAAGAUUCUUGAAGUGUUGAAAAACUGGCCUGAGAGGAGUGUUCAAGUUAUUGUUGUCACUGAUGGUGAGAGAAUUUUGGGACUUGGAGAUCUCGGUUGCCAGGGAAUGGGGAUACCUGUAGGAAAACUUUCUCUAUAUACAGCUCUUGGUGGAGUCCGCCCCUCAGCAUGCUUGCCUAUCACUAUUGAUGUUGGGACAAACAAUGAGAAGUUGUUAAAUGACGAGUUUUACAUUGGUCUUAGACAAAGGAGGGCAACUGGACAGGAAUACGCAGAACUUCUUCAUGAGUUCAUGUCUGCAGUUAAGCAGAAUUACGGAGAGAAAGUUCUAAUACAGUUUGAAGAUUUUGCGAACCACAACGCAUUCGAGUUGUUGGCAAGAUACAGUUCAUCUCAUCUUGUUUUCAAUGACGACAUACAGGGAACAGCAUCUGUGGUACUGGCCGGGCUACUUGCAGCCCUGAGAUUACUCGGUGGAACUCUUGCAGACCAUAGGUUCUUGUUCCUUGGUGCUGGUGAGGCUGGAACCGGUAUAGCUGAGCUCAUAGCUCUUGAAAUGUCAAAGCAGACUGGAAAUCCGAUUGAAGAGAACCGGAAGAAGAUAUGGCUUGUAGACUCAAGGGGAUUGAUUGUUGACUCGCGCAAGGAGUCACUUCAACACUUCAAGAAACCUUGGGCUCAUGAACAUGAACCUGUCAAGGAACUCGUUGAUGCUGUGAAGGCAAUCAAGCCAACAGUCCUGAUCGGAACAUCUGGUGUUGGAAAACAAUUCACAAAGGAAGUCGUUGAGGCCAUGGCAGCCUUGAAUGAGAAACCUCUUAUCAUGGCUCUAUCUAACCCUACCUCACAAGCUGAGUGUACAGCAGAAGAAGCAUAUACAUGGAGCGAGGGUCGUGCAAUCUUUGCGAGUGGAAGCCCAUUUGACCCCUUUGAAUAUGAUGGCAAAGUCUUCGUGCCUGGCCAGGCAAACAAUGCAUAUAUUUUCCCUGGAUUUGGCUUGGGUGUCAUAAUUUCCGGUGCGAUUCGUGUUCACGAUGACAUGCUUUUAGCAGCCUCGGAAGCUUUGGCUUUGCAAGUGACGGAGGAACACUACGAGAAGGGAUUGAUCUACCCACCAUUCUCCGAUAUCAGAAAGAUAUCAGCCAACAUCGCAGCUAAGGUUGCCGCCAAGGCAUAUGAACUCGGUCUGGCUUCUCACCUUCCUCAGCCGAAGGAUCUGGUUAAAUAUGCAGAGAGCUGCAUGUACAGUCCAAAAUACAGAACCUACCGUUAGAAACUUGAAAUUGGAAUAGACUCGUCCUAUAUAGUCCAAUGCUUUGUAUGUUUGUCUGCUAUUUGCAAAGCCUAAGCUUCACUUGGUUUUGCUCUUGUCAUAGCACCAAGUUAUGGGCUAUUCAUUGUUUUCUUUAAUGUAAUUUCAAUCCUGUUUUGAAAUGAAUCACAAUAUUGCUUUUCUUUU